AUGUCCACAACAGCAUACAAAUCAGAUCCAUCAUGCGCCAAAGUCUUGAUGCUACACGCACAAGGACUCACCAACAAUCCAGGACACGGCCAAUCCGGCCAAUUCUUUCGAUGCAAGACACGAUUCCUACAACGGAAAGCCGAGCAAAUCGUGCUCAACGCGGUACAGCAAGAUCCAUCUCAAAGCCAAGUUGAAGUCGUCGAAUUCCACUAUCCAUGCGCGAAGCUGCCCGUCAAUCCGGACCAGCCCGAGGGAGAAGAGAACCACGCCUGGGCAUGGGGAUACGGCGACAUCGACGAAGACCGAAUCCGGGGUCUUGAAAAGUCAGUCACGAACAUCAUGCGAUAUAUAGACAAGUACGGGCCUUUCAUCGGGGUCAUGGGCUUUUCGACAGGCGCGACUGUGGCUACUAUUGUCACCUCGCUCUUGGAAAAAAGAGAGUCGCUUUGCAAUUUCGAGUUCAAGACCAACCACCCUCCUUUGGAGUUUGCGGUUUCAAUUUGUGGAUUUACACUGGCAAAUCCGUUCUAUAAGCCGGUCUACAGCUGCAUUAAAACACCUUUCUUUCAUGUGAUUGGUACCCUGGAUACGAUGAUUCACGAGUAUCAAUGUGCACGGCUGCAAGAAUGCUGUGAGAAUUCUUAUACGCAUUAUUUCAAGGGAACUCACUACGUACCUCGUUCUGAGGAGUUCUUGGAUGCUUUGUGUAGAUUCUUUGAAGAGGUCUUGACUGUCAAAGGUGAUAAAAGUCGGGAACUUCAAGGUGGUCAAGAGGAGGCUUGGGAAGACUGUGAGGAUUGCGAGGCUGGUGUAUUAUUAUAG